AUGACUGACCACAAAGAGCGCAUCGAUACUGCCGUUGCUGGUUCCACGAUCUAUCCUACCACAGCCACUUGGCCAGCAGACCAACUUCCAGUCGAAUUAUUUGAUCUCAUCACAGAUCAUCUCGCGAGAGACGCAGUGAAGUCGAUGAGGCUGGUCAACAAGGAGUUUGAAAAGAAAGUCUCUCGCAAUUUGUUCCAUACCUCAGUCGUACCAUUCAACACUGAGCUGUACGACAUGAUCGAAGAAGACACCAAGACAGGACACGGUCUUCGCGUCUUUCAAGGCUUCGGGCCACAUAUCAAGCGCUUCGGCAUGAGUUUCGAUGUCCUGGAGGAUCAACUCUCUCGUCCGCCCAUCAAGCGAGAGCUGGAUCAUGUGCAUUCGUACUUUGGCUCCUACGACUGGCCCCUCGAGCAGUACACACGUUUCGCCGGACUGGCAGGACUUGAACAGACGGCGGACGAAACCUUGCGCAUGAAGGCCGCGUUCACCAAUCUUCACAAAGUUCACGAGCUUGCACUGUCGGUCGACAGUGGUCUUGGCUGGCUGAACGGUCCGGACAAGUCGAUCUACGCCCGCAUCUUUCAGCGCCAGGCAUCGAUAUUUGGCACCUCCCGAGCUGUCGAAGAUCGCCAGUCUCAAGAGGCAACUCCAACCAUCUACGCACACGGCGCUACCGAGGACCCUCAGUUCGGUGUCUUGUACACCACUUUCAGUCAGCUGGACUCUGCCAACUACUACGACAAGUCGGCUUUGGUUCCAGCAGACCUGAGGAAGGAGCAGAAAGAGUGGCUGCUCGAAACGGAAUGGGCACAGCGCGCCUUCUUGGAAUGCUACAUGCUGGCUGUCAUCGAUAACGCCGACAAGUUCUGCAUGGUAAAGACGCUGAAAAUCUCCAAGAUGUCCAGUGGCUUCCUACCACUUCUCGCGAGGGAUUCCUUCUGGGAUGCUCUGCCAAACUUGACAGACGUUACACUCCUGGUCAAGCCUGACUGGCGAUCUGUUGAGAAGGAUGAUGCUGGUAUCGCAGAGACCUGCCCUCAGCAUCCCUCAGCAGCCGUCUUCACUUUCUACGACAUUCUUCAAGAUCGCAUUUGCCUCCGCCAAAGUGUGACAUCACUCAAUGUUGGCUGGGCAAGCGGAGGUGAGCAUGCUGACGGCAUCUUCGCGCGCAACAAUCACAUUCUACCAGCACCACUUACCAAGACUGGGCAUGCGCUUGCGAUCAACCCUGUCUGUCUGGUGUUCCCGUUCAUUGAGCAUCUCACAUUGACCAACUGCUGGAUCUCCCCUCCAGUUCUUCAAGAGCUUGUGAGCAACCACGCCGAGAAGGCGUUGAAGAGUCUCACUCUGGACUCUGUCUCACUGACGGCGCAUCCUCGCUUCGCGAAUGUCGCACAGCCCAACGUCCAAGCUACAAACACCACUCAUUGGACCGCUCCCCAUCGUGAGGGUUCUUGGGCGCAGAUCCUCGACACCAUUUCCCCAGGACCAACUGUUUCCUCAUACCUUCCCAACCCACCACCUUGGGAAGAGCAGCCGGCCGCUCGCCCUACCACACCUCUUCAGUCCAUCACGCUCAUCUCAUGCGGCUACGUCAAAUUGCCGCAUGCCUCCACCGCCUUCGACCAACUUGUCAUCGAAACCGGCGCCGGCGGCGAAUACCAACUGUCACUUUGGUUCCGUGCCCGCCAGUCCGCUCUCUCGCGCGCGAUGUUGAGCUGCAAUGAUCGGUUCCUGGGUAAGAUCGUUCAGGGUAUCGCGAGGCGGGAGUUGAUCACGUUACAAUUCGCAUGGGGCCUGAGAGAAGGCUGGGAGGAUGAAGGUGCUGCUGAGGAGGUGGAGUAUGAUGGCUUGCUGAAGGGUGGCUCGGGCAGGAUUAGUGGAAAGGUGUGGAGAGGAAUGGAGUUGGUUGGGGAGAGGGUUGGAGCGGAGAGCGUUUAA